AUGGAACUGAAACGCUAUUUGUUGGAAACCAUGUCCACAAGAGGAAUUAAUCACUUUAUCUUUGUUCUUUACUCCAAUGCUCUUGCCACUUCCAUUCUCCUCCCUUCUUCUUUCCUCACCAAUAGGACAACAAGACCGCCACUGUCUUUCUCACUUCUUGUCAAAUUCUUCCUCCUCGGCCUGGUCGGCAUCACUAUAAUGCAGAAUUGUGUAUUCACUGGCAUAAGCUACAGCUCUCCCACCCUUGAAUCUGCUAUGAGCAACUUGACUCCAGCAAUCACUUUUGUUCUAGCUGUCAUUUUCAGGAUGGAAAAGUUGGAUGUUGGAAGUUCAAUAAGCCAGAUCAAAAUGGUGGGGACAGUACUGUCUAUCUCAGGAGCAUUGCUAGUGACCCUUUACAAAGGCGCUCCCAUUUGCAGCUUUCAAACUCAACCCUCGGCAUCGCAAGAAUUUCAGUCUCUAUUAGAAGAAACCAGCAACUGGGUCAUUGGAGGUCUCUUUCUAUUCACUGCCUCUUUAUCUCUUUCCAUAUGGAAUAUUGCUCAGGCAGCAAUUCUUAGAGGAUAUCCAUCUCAGUUGACCAUAGUGGCCUUCUAUUGCCUGUUUGGAACAAUGCAAUGUGCAGUACUUUCUCUAAUUGCAGUCAAAGAUCGAAAUGCUUGGAAGCACGAAAGCGAUGUCACAUGGUUUUCCAGAGGAACUAUUGAAAGGUAUGGCUUGUUAUCAUAA